GGUUUAUAUUUCAAAUUUCCAGCGGGGUGUGAACAAGUGGUUGACGCUUGAGGAGUGUAUUGAAGUUUUAACACUUAGUUUUAAACAAACAUUCUCAUUUUAAAUUAUUUUUCCCACAAUCUUUAGGCUUUCGACCUCUCUUAUCGGUCAUGUCUUUCUCAAGAGCUCCGUUGAAGAGAUUUAACGAACAUGUCGGUUGUGCUCCUCCACCUGGCACAUAUGACGUGAAGUCUGGAGACCUGAAGGGAGCUGCAUCAUUUCAUAAAGCAGAGCGCUUCAAAACUGCUCCCAAAACAGAUGUACCCCUGCCAUCUCCUUCAAAAGAUGUCCUCAUGUCUCCAGUUCGCAGGACCAUGUCUGUUGAUGGUUUGGCUGAUGCAUUAAGCUCCAAAAAAGACAAGAGUAGUUUCACUCUUGAAAUGAAACAUCAGAGACUACUAGAGAAAGAGAUCCGUUCCUUGGUGCAGCAGAGAGGAGAGCAGGACCGCAGGCUGCUGGCCCUGGAGGAAGAACUGAAGAAACUGGAGUCUAAAUUGCUUGUGGCAGUCAGAGAGAAGACUGGCCUCGCAGCGAAUGUAAUAUCUCUCGAGAGGCAGCUAGCAGAGUUAAAGAAAGCUAAUGAAUUCCUGAAGACCAAGGUCUCUGCAGAUAUCACCAAGAAAAAGAUCAACGCUCUUUCCAUGGAGCUCAUUGAAGCUAAAAAUAAACUGGAUGCCAAAGACAAGGAGCUGAGCUUCCUACAGAUAAGCUCAGAAGGAAAGGUAAAGGUCUUGGAAACUGAUCUGGAGACUGCAAAAACAACGUUCCGAGUUCUGCAAGACCGGAAUAAAGACCUUGAGGACCUACAUCAGGAAACAAGAGCCCAAAAUGAGCUGCUUGAAAAUGAAAUGGACAAAUUGCAUAACAUAAUCCAGGAACUGAGGGAGGAGAUCAAAGCUCUGCAGAGUUACUUGGACUCAGCGAAUGAAGAGAUUCAGGAUUUGAGGAUUAAGCUCCAGGACAAAUCCACCAUGGAGCGCCGGGUGUCUGAUGCUCAGGAAAACCUCAGUGAAGUGGAGCAGAAGUUGGAGAAAUGUACCGCUGAGCUGCAGGAGUGUCAGGAGGCACUGAAAGUAAAGGAAGAUGAGGUGCAGAGGUCUAAGCAGGAGCUGCGGGACUCCCAGAACGCCCUAGAAGAGAAGGAGAAAGAGAUAGAGCAGCAUGCGCAGGACCUGCAGGAAUCUCAGAGCUCGCUAAAAGAGUUGGAGGAACGGAUGAAGCAGGGGGAUCGGGAUCUUGAGGAAUCCUGGAGCUUGGUAAGGCAGCAGGAGCAGGAGCUGGCCCGUGUAAAGGAAGUCUUGAGAAGGACUGAGGAAGAGCUGGAUCAGCGUGUGGCACUCAUGGGGGAACGGUGCUCGCUGCUGGAGGAUGAAAGAGCAAAGAUGCAAGAGGAGGGUCUGCGACAGGUAGAGGAGCUCAAGGCAGAACUCUGCUCGUUGGAGGAGAGCAGAAAGACUGAGACGGAGGCAUACGAAAAGCUGAAGGAGGAGCACUGUGCAGUAACCAAACAACUGGAGGAGGAAAAGACUCACAGCGGCUCCCUGGCUAGCUUGCUUGAGCGCCUGAGAGAUGACACCGAGGCGGAGAGGAGACAGCUUGGCGAGGAGUUAGAGGACGCGCUUGAGGAGCUGGUGGAGCUGGAGAAGCAGGAGCAGUGCAGUGAAGAGGCCAUCCAGCAGCUCACACUGAACAACCAGACACUGGAACAAGAGCUGAAGAAAUCCUGUGCGGAGUUGCAAAAGACUUGUGCUGAAAUGCAAGCUUUAGAAGAAGCUCACGUGAGGGCGAUCAAAAAGUUAGAAGAGGAUCACACCAGUUGUCUCGCAAAGCUGGGAGAUGUAACAACUGACUUUGAGAGGACAAGGCAAGCUCUGGGUAAUCAGAAAGACCAUGCAGAGGCCCAAGUCCAUCAGCUGGUGGAAGAGAUCAACCAACUAAAGCAACAGCUACAGCAGGACCAGCAGAAGCUCUUAAGCCAGCAAGAAAUUCAGGAUCAAAAGCAAGAGGAACAAGCUAGGAUGCUUUUAGAAGUUCAGACUAAGCUUGCUCAGAGAGAGGAAGAAUUGAAGCGAGCAGCAGAGACUCAUAGCGAGGAGCUGAGAUGCUUGCAGAUGGAUGUAGAGCAGGAGAGAGGAGAGAAAGAGCGUGCUCAGACCCAGCUGGAGAAAGAGCAGAAGAGGAGACAGUCGGUGGAGGGCCGUUCUGCAGAAGCCAGCAGGGUGAGAAGCCAUGUGGAGGAGUUGGAAGAUGAAGUGUCCAAGCUGCGCAGGCUGAUGCAGGAGGAAAGAGAUGCAGCUAAACAUCACACUGUGGAGUGGCAGCAGGAGAAACAACAGCUAUGCACACAGAUUGAGGAGGAAAGACAAGACCUCCACAGGCAACUGGCUGAGGCUCGACUGCAGAGCACCAGUGAUUCUGAGACUGAACACUGGAGAAACUUGUAUGAGGAGCUCUAUGCUAAAGUUAAACCAUUUCAGGAACAGCUGGACCGUUUUGCAGCAGAGAGAAGCGCUUUGUUGAAUGAGAAGGGAGCCACACAGGCCGAGCUGAACAAGUUAGCCGAUGCCUACGCCAAUCUGAUGGGCCAUCAAAACCAGCGGCAGAAGAUCAAACACAUGGUCAAACUCAAAGAGGAGAACUUGGAGCUCAAACAAGAAGUGUCUAAACUAAGGUCACAAGUUGGGAAACAGAAGCAAGAGCUGGAUCGACUCAAGUCCAGCGAGACAACACGGAGGUUCGACCCCAGCAAGGCUUUCAAACACGAGCUUAAAGAGAAUCAAAAGCCCAGCUCUGCUCUUACACAAGGCAACCGAUAUCCGCAUUGAGCAGCCAUUGGUGGACUUGUUUUGUGGAAUAACCCAGGCUUCUGGGUGACUGGUCAACAUGGACACUGACAGGUGAUUGUCUGACACUCAAACGUCUUAACUGUGGCUCUACUAUAUGUCAAAUUGUGGAUAUUAUUUAUGUAUGUUCUGUUUUUUUUUGGGUGUGCACAUGAAUUUAAUAGUGUUGUUAAUGUCUAUUAUGGGACAACCUGUUCUUUUUAGAUGUUGGUUUGGAUUUGACUUUAUUGGUGAAAAUGUAAAUAUAAGGGCUUGGCAUCACUUAGUAUUUUCUGUUUACUGGUUUUGUUCAGCUUUUGUCUUAACUUUCCUUAAUUUCAAAAGUUAGCCCACUGUUAGUUACAUAUUUGUUUUAGUUUUCCAAUUAACAGUAUGUUGCACCAUUCAUUUUGUCUUUGUAUGAAAGUAUCAUUUGACUUGUUUUUAAAUAAAAUAAUUGAUUUUCUCCCUUA